AUAUUGAUGAAUGUUCUGAUAGUCCUUGUCAAAACAAUGGAACAUGUGUGGACCUCAUCAAUGAUUACAACUGCAGUUGUGUUGUAGGAUUCAAUGGAACAAACUGUGAGGAGAAUAUUGAUGACUGUGCCGAAAAUCCAUGUCAGAACAAUGGGACAUGCCUUGAUCUCAUCAAUGAUUACCAAUGUAACUGUGCUGCGGGAUUCAAUGACACUAACUGUACAAAUAAUGUAGAUGAGUGCGCUUCGUUGCCUUGUCAGAACAAUGGAACCUGUGUUGACUUGAUCAAUGAGUACGAAUGUCAGUGUGAUGUUGAAUUCAAUGGUACAGAUUGCUCUACAAAAUCAAAUUUAAUGAAAUAUAAGCUUGUCUUGAAUCUUGAUGUAACAACGACAGCAAAUCUGAGCAUAGAAGAAGAUUAUAUCAAAGUAAAGAAUAAAGUUCAAGAAGCGUUAACUGAUGUUUACAGUAAAAGAAUCGUUGGAUCAAAAGUCAUAAUAAAAAGCAUGAGAAAGGGAAGCUUAAUUGUUGACUUUGACCUCGUCAUACCAGACAGUCCAACAUCAAAAGUACUCGUCGUUGAUACAGUGUAUAAGCUUGUGAAUGGUCUGGUAUUUGUCAACUUCUCUGGAGAAAUAGUCAACGUUACUAAUGCUAAAAUACAACAUUCAACAUACGGCGAGGUUAUAAUAACUAACUCAUCUGAUGGAUGUGCUGUUGUGAACUCACAAGGAGCAUGUGAUGCGGGAUAUAGAUGUCAGGAAUUCAUAAAUCAGACAGUGGCUUGCAUCCCUAUUAUAAGUAAGUAUAAAUGUUUAUCCUUGCUUUGUUUUAUGCGAUAUAAGGAAUGAUGUCUUAAAUACAAUGAUUAUACUUUAUCUUAAAUAUUUUAUGGUUGGAAAAUAUAACUUAUUAAAGAAUUAUAUGAUUAUGCA